AUGCUGGUUGCAAUGCAGGCAGGGAUUAACUUGGGGACAGCUGUAUCAAGAGGAUUGUAUCAACCAGCAACAAUCUUUAUGGGCCGCCAGAUGUCAGCCAUCUCAAGCGCUGGAGAUGUUAGUACAGAGCAGAAAUCUCCCCAACCCACGAAGAACUUCAGAACAAUUCCUGACCCACGUUCACAGCAACAGACAGCCCAGAGCAGUGAUGUGACAGACAGCUAUGUAGUCUGCACUAAUAGUGGCACACAGUGCUUAAAUAAGUCUGACAAAAUAGAUGGAAGGACAUCUCUUCAGAUUGGUGAGAAAACGCCAGUCACAGCCAGCCCAUUGUCUGAGGAGGAACAGACUCAUUGCUUGGAGAUAGGAAGCAACUCACGUCACGGCAAGAGUAAUUUAUCUGAAAGCAAAAAGUCUGCUGAACUCCAUUCCCUGUUACGGGAAAGAUUACGUCCAGGGAGCAGAACCACUGAUUUAAAGUGUGACAGUUCCAGCAGAUCAGGGGCAUCAGAGGGAGAAAUACUGACACGGGAACAUAUUGAAGUCAAGGAAGACAGUGCCAGACUACCAGUCGCUCCGAUAUCCGUCUCAGAAUACUGUGCAUCUGAAAAUCAUCCUCCUCACCGGGACCCCGAGGCACAGAAGCCCUUCAGGAAAAUGCAGCAACAGCAGGAAGAGGAAAGUCUGAGCAGCAUCAGUGACCUCACAGUUGCCGUAAGUGAAGAUGAUCUGAUUUUAGAGAGUCCAGAACCACAGCCAAAUCCGAGUGACAAGAUGGAGGGAGAAGAUGGAAUAGAGUUUAACUCUUGUUACCAGUAUAGUUUUAUUUCUUGGGGGAAGAGUGUUGACCUAGAAAUUAAGAGACAUGGGUAUUUACCUGUCCUGUUAAUUUUUACUUUUUCUCUGCCUCUCAAGUUGGCUGUGAUAAAAUCUGUGCCCACCUCCCUGCCCAGGACACAUGAGGCGAUAUGGGCAGCAGCGUUAUUGAAAAAAGCCCCUACAGAAGAGUGUGACGAUAGUUCGGGUUCUGAAUCAUCUUGCAGCUUGCCAUCUAUUCUGAAUGACAGUAGUGGAAUAAAGGAAGCGAAACCCACUCUAUGGCUCAACAGUGUUCUUACAAGGGAACAAGACGUUUCAAGUGGCUGCGGAGACGAGAGCAAGGAAGAGAGCAUGGCAGCAAAGAUUCCAAUCACAGAAACAAAAGCCUACCAGUUGCUGAAGUGGUCUACCCUUCAGGAUAAUACAAAUCAAACUGAAGACAGGUUCCAAAAGGCAGAUGCUUCUGCAUCACAACUGUCAGAAUUAGAAUCCAGAGAGAUUUAGAAAGUAUUUAUCCAACCCCCUCAUUUCACAAAAGGAGGCGACAAGAGAGUAGCA